CUUUCCCAACUCCAACCACUGCAACUGCUAAUCUCUAAUCCAAAUUUGAAGCCGCAGCUCAAACUUCAACCCUGUCCAGAUUACUUCCCUGAUCGCCACUUGGCAUAGAGACCCUCUUCAAUUCUUCAACCACCUCUGUUUCGUUAAGUAUCUCCGAUCUUCUUCUCUGUUAGAUUGAAAUGACAGAACCAAUCUUUGAUGAGACAAAAGAUGUAGAAGAAAGAAAGGAGCUAGAAGUGGAAGACCCGGAGCUGUAUAGGCUUCUGGUACCCAAUGCCGAAUACCUUCCACUCAUCCCUACCUCAGCUAUCGAAUCCAACUUUGUUUCUUAUUUUGCUCCAGAUUUUAUGAAACCAGGCCAUGACCAAUAUGUUUAUCGCCAUCCCAAUGGGUUGUGUGUGAUUGGUUUGGCUGCAACACAUGUGUCUUUUAAAGAAGAAGGGGGUGUCACAGCUAUUGAUUUCAAUGUUGGAAAAUCAGAUCGUAGUGGGCUUAAGGUUACUGGAAAGCGCAAGAAGAAUGCCCAGCACUUGGAGUCCAACUCAGCUUUGUGUAAAGUAUGCACCAAGGAUGCAACCUAUAUUGUGAGGUGUUGUGUAAAAGGCUCUCUAUUGGAAGUGAAUGAUAGAUUAAUCAAGCAGCCAGAAUUGCUAAAUACAGCGGCAGAUAGAGAAGGAUAUAUUGCCAUCAUCAUGCCAAAACCAGCAGAUUGGCUCAAAAUAAAGGAUUCCUUGUUGGGUCUUGAAGAGUACAAAAAGCUGAGAGAAGUUCUUUAACAUGAUGUUAAGUUGGCAAAUCGUGUUCGGUUGACAUAGAUCCUGGAAAAAUAGGAGAAAAGAGAGGCGAAAUUUGUAGUCUGCUGGUGCUGACUCACCAUGUUACUCACAAGCGACAAAGCUUGAUAUGUUGACGCUUUUUUUUUUAUUACAAAAUGGUAUGUCUUCUCCCUGUUCUUGUAUCAUGUAAAACCAUUUUAUUUCAAAUUGUUCAAAAAUAAUGAUUGUUGAAGAAAUUACAAUAAGGUGAUUUUAAACAUUUGACUGGUACAGAAUUUAU